UUUCGCAGUGAGACUUGAAUAGCCAGCCAAUAAGCCAAGUAAUUCUAGAAACUGGCACGCAGCCCUAGGUCUCAUAAGCUCUCCACACGCCUCUCCCUCUCUUUUUCUCUCUCAAAUACUGCAUCGUCGUCAUCAUCUAACCGGCCUGAGUUUCUGUUGAUAGCUCCUUCUUUAAUCCCUCUGUUCUUAUCUCUGAGCGCCAUCCUUAUCUGUUGCUUCAUUUGUUUGUUUCUGUUCAUCUUGUGAAUGCGUGAUCGUCAUGUAUAUAACGGGUUCAUUCUCAGCUUAUACACUGCUCAGAGCUUCUAGGGCAAGGCUUUACUCUUCCUCCCUCUCCUCCUCUUUUAAGUCAUUAUCUCCUUCUCUGCCUCCUAAAUCUGCUUCUCCCUCCCUCAUCAAUCACCGAUCUCUCAGUUCUACUGCUGCUCGAUCCCUCUGGUGUUCUGUUCCCCGCUGGAGCCACCGCUUAGAUUGGAGGUCUACCCUCAGCCUUCGCGCACAGAUCAGAGCCGUUGCUCCCGCCAUCGAACGGCUCGAGAGAAAGUUCGCUACCAUGGCUUCUGAACACGCCUACAAGGAUAUCUUAACUAGUCUCCCCAAGCCAGGAGGUGGCGAGUUUGGAAAGUUCUACAGACUUCCGGCGCUGAAUGAUCCAAGAAUUGAUAAACUACCAUACUCCAUCAGAAUCCUUCUUGAGUCUGCAAUUCGUAAUUGUGACAACUUUCAAGUCACUAAGGAAGAUGUGGAGAAGAUUAUUGAUUGGGAAAAUACAUCUCCAAAGCAAGUUGAAAUCCCAUUCAAGCCUGCUCGUGUUCUCUUGCAGGAUUUUACGGGGGUGCCAGCUGUUGUUGACCUUGCUUCUAUGCGUGAUGCUAUGGAAAAACUUGGAAGUGAUUCUGCCAAGAUCAACCCUUUGGUUCCUGUAGAUCUUGUAAUUGAUCAUUCAGUUCAAGUUGAUGUAGCAAGAUCAGAAAAUGCUGUUCAGGCAAAUAUGGAGCUUGAAUUUUCUAGGAAUAAGGAGAGGUUUGCUUUCCUUAAAUGGGGUUCUACUGCUUUUCAAAACAUGCUUGUUGUUCCUCCUGGUUCUGGUAUUGUGCAUCAGGUUAAUCUGGAAUAUCUUGGACGAGUUGUUUUCAAUACCGAUGGUAUACUCUACCCUGAUAGUGUGGUUGGAACUGAUUCUCAUACAACUAUGAUUGAUGGACUAGGAGUUUCUGGUUGGGGAGUUGGAGGUAUUGAAGCUGAGGCAGCAAUGCUUGGCCAGCCCUUGAGUAUGGUGCUGCCUGGUGUUGUUGGGUUCAAGCUCUCUGGAAAGCUACGAAAUGGUGUUACCGCUACAGACUUGGUUUUAACUGUGACACAAAUGUUGAGGAAGCACGGCGUUGUUGGAAAAUUUGUUGAGUUCUAUGGGGGUGGUAUGGGUGAACUGUCAUUGGCUGACAGGGCCACUAUUGCUAAUAUGUCUCCUGAAUAUGGUGCAACCAUGGGAUUCUUCCCUGUAGACCAUGUUACUCUACAAUACCUCAAGUUGACUGGAAGAAGUGAUGAAACUGUGGCUAUGAUUGAAGCAUAUCUUCGUGCAAACAAUAUGUUCGUUGAUUACAGUGAGCCCCAACAAGAGAGAGUGUACUCAUCAUAUCUAGAGCUGAACCUUGCGGAGGUUGAACCUUGUGUUUCAGGACCAAAGAGACCCCACGACAGGGUUCCUUUGAAAGAGAUGAAAGCUGAUUGGCAUGCAUGUCUUGAUAACAAGGUUGGGUUCAAGGGCUUUGCUGUACCAAAAGAAGUACAGGACAAAGUGGCAGAGUUUUCAUUCCAUGGACAGCCAGCAGAGCUCAAGCAUGGCAGUGUUGUUAUUGCAGCAAUCACAAGUUGCACAAAUACAUCAAAUCCUAGUGUCAUGUUGGGGGCGGCUCUUGUUGCGAAAAAGGCUUGUGAGCUUGGUUUACAGGUGAAACCUUGGGUGAAAACAAGUCUUGCCCCAGGCUCAGGAGUUGUUACAAAAUAUUUACUCAAGAGUGGAUUGCAAAAGUAUCUUAAUCAACAGGGCUUCCAUAUUGUUGGAUAUGGCUGUACUACAUGCAUUGGAAAUUCUGGAGAAUUGGAUGAGUCAGUUGCUUCUGCUAUAUCGGAAAAUGAUAUCGUGGCAGCAGCUGUGUUGUCUGGGAACAGGAAUUUUGAAGGACGUGUUCAUGCCCUAACAAGGGCCAACUACCUUGCUUCACCUCCUUUAGUUGUUGCCUAUGCUCUUGCUGGCACGGUUGACAUUGACUUUGAGAAGGAGCCAAUUGGAACCGGAAAAGAUGGGAAGAGUGUCUUUUUCAAGGAUAUCUGGCCAACCUCGGAGGAAAUUGCAGAGGUUGUUGAGUCCAGUGUUUUGCCUGACAUGUUCAAGAGUACUUAUGAGUCUAUCACAAAAGGAAAUCCAAUGUGGAAUCAACUAUCAGUACCCUCUUCUACCUCAUAUUCGUGGGACCCAGAUUCAACCUACAUUCAUGAGCCACCAUACUUCAAGAACAUGACCAUGGAUCCUCCUGGUCCCCAUGGAGUGAAGGAUGCCUAUUGCUUGCUUAACUUUGGUGACAGUAUUACAACAGAUCAUAUUUCUCCAGCUGGAAGCAUCCACAAGGACAGUCCUGCUGCGAAGUAUCUUCUUGAGCGGGGGGUUGAACGCAAGGACUUCAAUUCUUAUGGAAGCCGCCGCGGCAAUGAUGAAAUAAUGGCUAGGGGAACCUUUGCCAAUAUCCGUCUUGUCAACAAGCUCUUAAAUGGAGAAGUUGGUCCGAAGACAUUUCACAUUCCUACUGGAGAGAAACUCUAUGUGUUUGAUGCAGCAAUGAGAUACAAGAGUGCUGGGCUGGAUACCAUUAUUUUGGCUGGGGCCGAGUAUGGAAGUGGUAGCUCCCGGGAUUGGGCUGCUAAGGGUCCAAUGUUAUUGGGAGUUAAAGCUGUUAUUGCCAAAAGUUUUGAGAGAAUUCAUCGCAGUAAUCUGGUGGGAAUGGGUAUCAUUCCACUUUGUUUUAAGGCUGGUGAGGAUGCAGAUACACUAGAAUUGACUGGACAUGAACGUUACAACAUAGAUAUCCCAAGCAAGAUUACCGAAAUAAGGCCUGGCCAAGAUGUGACUGUCACAACAGACACAGGAAAAUCUUUCAUCUGCACGGUUCGCUUUGACACAGAGGUGGAAUUGGCUUAUUUCAAUAAUGGAGGAAUACUUCCAUACGUUAUUAGAAACUUGAGCAAACAGUAAACUAUCAUUCAAGGUGUUUGCUCCAUUCAACAGAGUUUUGUGAACACUAAAACGCAGUGAAGAGAAUAAAGUUGCUAAAUAACAGAAAGUCCGUUUGAGGGGACCGGAUGUAUCAUUUUUUCCCCUGACAUUUCAAGUUUGCGGCUGGACAGACCUGAUUUGGUCUGUCAACAAGUGAAGAUCGUAAUUUUUAUGAAUAUAUUCCAGUGCGAAUCAUUUUGCACUGGUUGAAUUUCUGCCUUGUCUUCGGGGCUUUAAUUUAAGUUUCUUAACAUGGAAGGUAAUCUUCCAUGAGGCUCGAGAAUUUUGUAUUAGGUUUGCAGAUUUUGUAUGAGCCUUUGUUACUUAAAAAAAAAAUGCCUUAAAUAUGUAAAAAAGCUACAAUUCUAACAAUAUUUCCUUUUACGCUCCAA